AUGGGAAUGGUCGGCCUCCCCAAUGUGGGCAAAAGCACCACUUUCAACUUGCUUUCCAAGCAGUCCGUUCCCGCGGAAAAUUAUCCCUUCUGCACAAUUGACCCUCACGAGGCAAGGAUGAACGUGCCGGACGAGCGUUUCAAGUGGCUGUGCAGCCACUUCUCCCCCAAAAGCGAAGUUGCUGCGACUCUGUCGAUUUUCGACAUCGCCGGACUUGUCCCUGGAGCGCACAAGGGCGAGGGCCUCGGCAACGCCUUUCUCUCUCACAUCCAGGCCGUCGACGGCAUUUACCACGUGGUGCGGGCGUUUGCAGACGAAGAAGUGGUGCACAGCGAAGGCGAAGUGGACCCCGUGAAGGACUUGGCGACAAUUGCUGCUGAGCUGCGGCUGAAGGACUUGGAAAGGGCGCAGCGGCUGCUGGAGGAGCAGCGCAGCAGCAGCAGGCAGCAAAAGGUUUUGGACAAAAACAAAAAGCUGCAGGAAGAAGUUCUCCAGGCUGUCAUAAAGUUGCUGCAGGACAACAAGUGGGUGCAGCAAGGGAACUGGAAAGCAGCAGAAGUGGAAGUGCUGAACGAAUACCAGUUUUUGACGGCGAAGACAGUCGUUUAUCUCGUGAACUUGAGUGAAAAAGACUUCAUUCGACAAAAGAACAAAUGGCUGGCCAAAAUCCACAACUGGGUCCAAGAAAAUGUCCAAGGGCCCAUCAUUCCCUACUCCGCAGUCUUCGAAAACAAACUUGCAGAAAUGGCGAGCGAAGAGGAGCGCCAGAACUACAUCAAGAGCAGCGGAGCCUCCAAAAGCAUGCUUGACAAAAUAAUUCAAACUGGCUAUCAUGCGUUGCAUUUAAUUCAUUUCUUUACUUGUGGCGAAGACGAAGUGAAGUGCUGGACAAUUCGCGCAGGCACCAAGGCCCCUCAGGCUGCCGGUGUAAUUCACACAGAUUUUGAACGCGGGUUCAUUUGUGCUGAAGUGUACAAGUACACAGACCUCGUCGAGCUCGGCAGCGAGAAUGCAGUGAAAGCAGCAGGGAAAUACUUGCAAAAGGGCAAGGACUACGUCGUGGAGGACGGGGACAUAAUAUUUUUCAAGUUUAAUGUAACAAACAGCGCAAAGAAGUGA